UAAGUAAGAUUACGUAUCAACAACGUUGUUAACACUCAACAGAGACGUUCGUGAAGUGAAUUUUCCAACAAACUUUGCCAAAACCAAGUUUAAUCACUUUGUUCACCUGCACCUAUUUAUGAAAAAUUAUGGCGAAUUGCUCGCGUGGACAUGUGUUGACCAAAGUGCUCUUUUCCUGCUUUUUGGGAGCAGUUAUGGACGCCUUAAUAUCUGGUGUGUUGCUAAUUCAUGGAAAGUACUUUUCUAGUUUUAAUACCCAUUCGCAAAUGGAAGAAUUCAAAUUUUGUUCAUCGGUUUUUGAUUUGUGGAUUUUGUCUUUGGUACGCUGUUGUACUUUACUUGGUGCCGCCUUAGGAGUACUGUUUUCUAAACGCAAAAUGGAAGCAGUUUCUAGAAUAACUGCAUUUAAGAAACCUUGGCUUUAUUACAGUGUUGGAGUUGUUGUCUUCGUUGUAACCAAAUUCCUUGUGAGCACGGAAUGUAACUUGGACAGAACAUCGAAGAUUUGGUUUUUGUCAUUCCUGGGAUGGACUGUAGUUGGCACAGUGAUUGCUAAUGGUCUUUGGUAUUUCCUCUCUAAAGUCAAAAUUACGGCCUUAUCUUCAGAACAAGAAACUGGUUCGAUACAAGGAAGAGAGGGUCUCCUCACUUUUCACGACUUUCAAGAUUCAGAAGAGAGUGGCACCAAUGGGAAGAAAAACAAUAUUUCUGCUUGGAGACUGAUGUCUUAUUGCAAGCCAGACAUCCCCUACAUUUCUUUCGCAUCUGUUUUCCUCUUACUUGCAGCAACUGGUGAAAUAUUCAUUCCAUAUUAUACAGGACAGGUCAUAGAUGCCAUUGCCAUUGAUAAGGACAAGACCAAGUUUAUGAAUGCUAUUCUCAUUAUGACCCUUAUAUCACUUGGUACAGCAAUUUCAGCAGGCUUGCGUGGUGGGCUGUUCAACUUGAUUGCGGCAAGAUUUACCAGGAGAAUCAAUAAUGUUUUAUUUGGCUCUAUUGUGAAACAAGAAAUUGGAUUCUUUGAUAGUACAAAGACAGGAGAUAUUGUCUCACGUCUGAGCUCAGACACUACAAAGAUGUCCGAUCAAGUUGGAUUAAACAUCAAUGUGUUUCUGCGUAACUGUGUCCAGUCCAUUGGUACAUGUGUUUUUAUGUUCAAACUCUCUUGGAAGUUAACUACUGUAACUCUGGUUGGCUUGCCCUUGGUUGCAUUUAUCUCAGACAUUUAUGGAGACUACUACAAGAAGUUGGCAACAGAAGUUCAAGAAGAAACUGCGAAGGCAAAUGAAAUUGCAGCAGAAGUUGUAUCUUCUAUGAAGACUGUUCGCAGUUUUGCAAAUGAAGAUGGUGAAUAUGAGCAAUAUAGGAACAAACAAGAUGCAAUAUAUAAACUUAAAGUCAAGGAGUCCUAUUUAUAUGGAGGAUAUCGAUGGUGCACUGAAAUCCUUUCCCUUGCCAUCGAUGUCAUUGUUCUACUCUAUGGAGGUCAUUUAGUAAUGAAGGGAGAACUGAGUGGUGGAUAUUUAGUAUCUUUCAUUUUGUAUCUACUUCAGCUUAGCUUUUAUAUAGAUGAAGUAGGAGAGAUAUAUACAGGUCUUAUGGAGGCUGUUGGUGCCUCUCAGAAAGUAUUUGAACUCAUUGACCGAGAACCCAAAAUUCAGAACAGUGGCAUUGUGACUCCUAAUGAAGUUUCAGGUGAAGUUGAAUUUCAGAAUGUUUCCUUUGCAUACCCCACAAGACCAGAUAUUACAGUCUUGGAUAGUGUGUCGUUUAGCGUCAAACCAGGUGAAGUGAUUGCUUUAGUUGGUCCUAGUGGCGGUGGAAAGAGCACCUGCAUCAGUCUUCUGGAACACUUUUAUGAGCCAACUUCAGGUGAAGUUUUGAUUGAUUCAAUCCCAGUGAAGAAUUUUGAUCACAAAUAUUUGCACAACAAAGUGGCUCUGGUUGGUCAGGAACCUGUACUGUUUGCUAGGUCAGUCAAGGAAAACAUUAUAUAUGGUCUUGGUAAUGAUGUUGAGAUUGACCAAAGCUUAGUCGAAAACGUGUCCAAACUUUCCAAUGCACAUGCUUUUAUCAAUGAUUUGCCAGAGGGAUAUGAUACAGAAACUGGUGAAAAGGGCUUGCAGUUAUCAGGUGGUCAAAAGCAAAGAGUUGCUAUUGCUAGAGCAUUAGCUCGUAAUCCUCGAAUCCUCUUGCUGGAUGAAGCUACAAGUGCUUUAGAUGCAGAAAGUGAGCAUCUUGUCCAGGAUGCAAUUUACAAGAAUUUGACUGGCCACACAGUAUUGAUAGUGGCCCAUCGUUUGAGUACUAUCGAGAAAGCUGACAAAAUUGUUGUUAUCGAUCAGGGUCAAGUUAUUGCUCAAGGAAAGCAUGAAGAGCUAGUCCACCAAAAUGGACUCUAUGCAAAGCUUGUGAGCCGCCAAAUGUUAGGGCUUGAAAGAAGGAAUUCUUCAACUGAUGAUACACUGCAUGUUGGGUUCAAACAUGUAGAUCAGAAUGAUUCAGAGAGCCGUAAUGGAAGCAGUUCCUCCUAUUCUUCUAGUCCACACUUCUCAGCUUUGUCUAGAAAGUGACCUUGUGAGCCUGUAAAGGGACUUCAGCAACAUUUAUUUUGGGUUAACUUUCAAAUUUAACUCGGAAGAUCUGCUUAUUAAUUAUCUCCACUUGCCACUACAAAUUUCUUGGUCCAUAACUUACAAGAAUUUGGUGUUAGAUCAAGAUAACAACCUCUAAGUAAUAAUUUUGAGUAUUCUCAUUACCUGUCUUCUGGAUGAUGCAUGGAUAUUAUAGGGAGAAGUUACAUGUUAAAAGGGAAGAGGUUGAAGGGAAGGAAACCUUAAAAUUAUAAAUUUGGUUUGUCAGGAUAGAUAUUGGUAAUGGCAUAGAUUUGUUGAAAGAUGU